AUGGCUGCCGCUAUAGAUCUGUCCGGGGAGGAUCUGGUGAGAGCACUCGAGCCUUUUAUCCGAGAAGCCUCUGCCCCCCCUCCACUCCACUCCCACCUUAGUCCCACCUCGCCAUUCUCCUUCCCCCACGCUGCUUACAGUGGGUACCCGUACGGGGUGCAGGCACAGGCCCAGACCGAGCUCAGCUCGGCCCAGAUGCACUACAUCCAGGCACGCCUCCACCUCCAGCGCCAGACCGGCCAGCCGGGCCACCUCGGCCCGCGGCCCCAGCCCAUGAAGCCUGCUUCGGUGGCAGCGGCGACCCCGCCGCGGCCGCAGAAGCUCUACCGUGGCGUGCGGCAGCGCCACUGGGGCAAGUGGGUGGCGGAGAUCCGCCUCCCCCGCAACCGCACCCGCCUCUGGCUCGGCACCUUCGACACCGCCGAGGAGGCGGCCCUCGCCUACGACCAGGCAGCCUACCGCCUCCGCGGCGACGCAGCGCGCCUCAACUUCCCCGACAACGCUGCCUCCCGCGGCCCGCUCCAUGCCUCCGUUGACGCCAAGCUCCAGACCCUCUGCCAGAACAUCACCGCCUCCAAGAACGCCAAGAAGUCCGCCUCCGUCUCCGCGUCCACCGCCGCAGCCACGUCGUCCACCCCCACCAGCAACUGCUCCUCGCCGUCCUCCGACGAGGCGUCGUCCUCGCUGGAGUCCGCGGAGUCGUCACCGUCACCCGCCGCCACCACCGCAGCAGAGGUUCCAGAGAUGCAGCAGCUCGACUUCAGCGAGGCGCCAUGGGAUGAGGCAGCCUGCUUCGCCCUCACCAAGUACCCGUCGUACGAGAUCGACUGGGACUCGCUUCUCGCCGCCAAUUAG